GUGACCAAUCGAUUGGAUAAAAGUCUUCACCGGAGCUGAAGUGGACGGCACCAGUUUGCUCGUUGUAAUAACCUCCAUCGAGACUGCUAUAUUCUCUCUCGUCUCAUCGACGUUAUUUUUCUGGAUCGAUAAUGGCUGCCUACAAGCUGGUGCUUAUUCGCCACGGCGAAAGCAACUGGAACCAGGAGAAUCGCUUCUGCGGUUGGUUCGAUGCUGAUUUGAGCGAGACGGGGGAGAAGGAGGCGAGGAGAGGUGGACAGGCCCUGAAAGAUGCCAACUUUGAAUUCGACAUCUGCUACACAUCAGUGCUGAAGAGGGCCAUCCGGACUCUGUGGCUGGUCCUGGACGCCAUCGACCAAAUGUGGCUGCCCGUGCACCGCACCUGGCGCCUCAACGAGCGCCACUAUGGCGGCCUGACGGGCCUCAAUAAGGCCGAGACGGCCGCCAAGCAUGGCGAGGCCCAGGUGAAAAUUUGGAGACGCUCCUUCGACGUGCCUCCUCCCGCCAUGGGCCCCGAGCAUGACUUUGACGCUGUCAUCAGCAAGGAUCGGCGCUACGCGGACCUGACCAAGGAGCAGCUACCCACCUGUGAGAGCCUUAAGGACACAAUCGCACGUGCGCUGCCGUUCUGGAACGAGGAGAUCGCCCCGCAGAUCAAACAAGGGAAGCGAGUGCUCAUCGCUGCGCAUGGAAACAGCCUGAGGGGCAUCGUAAAGCAUCUGGAGGGAAUGUCUGACGCGGCCAUCAUGGAACUCAACCUGCCCACUGGCAUUCCAAUCCUGUAUGAGCUGGACAAGAACCUGAAGCCCGUGAAGCCUAUGCAGUUCCUGGGAGACGAGGAGACCGUACGCAAAGCCAUGGAGGCCGUUGCCGCUCAGGGCAAAGUGAAGAAGUGAAACGACUGGAACAUAAACAAGCCUCUCUCAUGUCGCUAAUCAUUGUGUGUCUAGUUGGAACACUGUAAUAUGCCUGUGCUUGGGCAUUAAGUCAAUACAAGGUUGUUAAGACUGUAAAUAAAAUGCAUAUUAAUAUAGAAACAUUAAAAUGUCGUAUUAUAACGUGUUUAUCCGCAUACAUCAUUAUGUAACUAAUGAUUAAUUAAAAUAGAUGUUUGAACGUA